CCAAGCGGACAGGCAGUAAAUCAACGGACGCCGCGAAAAACCGCGAUCGAUCCGAUUCUCGCGAUCCAUUCAUUACGAUCUUGAUCGUCGACACGAGCGGACGCGGUAUUUUCCUUUUUAACUACUCCUGUACGUAGUUUGUACGUUUGUUUUCAAAGUACAAGUGUGAAGUGUUUGGUUCUACAUUUUUUGGAGUGCGGAAUUUUUUUGUACAGAACGCGCUGAGCUGUUUCCGGUUGCUGUGCACGAUGCCAACUGUCUCAAGAGAGUUAGUUGCUUUAUAAAGUUUACCCUUAAAACCGCGUGGGGACAAGCCAGUGUUUGAUGGCGUGGUGAUCAUCGAUCGAUUUGGUUCGGAAUCCGAACGAUUGAAAUUGAAAGCAAACUUCCAAUAGCCGAUCACGAUCAACCGAGAAGGGUCCAAUACCUCAGCUAUUGACCGAUAGUGCAGAAAAUUGGACCGUUCGCAUAAUCGCCGAUAUAUAACAUACAAAAAUAGACUUUUUUGGACUCUAACAGAUAUACAACACGUUUGAAUGGUAGUCCGAAUGAAUGAAGAACCCGGAUCGCACAGAAAAACUAAUUUUUGGACAGAAGGAAAAAUAACACUUGGAAAAGACACAUUCACCAGUGAUUUGUAGUUGGAAAAACCACGUGUAUAGAGAGUGAGACGAGUUUUCAUACAAGUCACCCGAAGAGACUCCUACUCAGCUCCUGGGGCCAGCCGAAGACAGUUUGGACGAUACGAAUCCAAAAAAAGUGUUGAGUGCGGUAAUAAUUACGGUUGUGCUUCUGUGGGUGGAAAAUUAUUCCUGCUUUUUUAUUGCUUUUGGCUCAGUUUUGGAAAAGGUUCGUGCUCUGGGUGUUCGUGUGUAACUGCUAGCUAGCUGUUGCUGUUCUGGUUCAGUCGUUUCGUGGACUUCGAGUGGCCAUUCUCCUGCUGCUACUGCUGGCGAAGAUGGCCUUUUUCAAGAGCAUUUGGAAAAACAAUUCCAAACAUAAAAAGCUUUGCGAGGAGCUGGCCCUUGCCAACAGCAUCCGUGACUUUUCGGAUAACAGCGAGGAUCUGCUGGAGGAUGGCAACAGUAGUGAUGCCAUUGGCGGAGGUUUCGACGAUGCUAUCACCUACACAGUUAAAUACCUUGGUAACACAACGAUCCCCACGCCAAGAUCGGACAGUUCCACAUCGGACGCCGUCAAACGUGUCAUAACGACGGCCAAAGGAUGCAAAAAGUUGCAACGGGUAACGCUUUCCAUUUCCCCGAAAGGGAUCGAGAUACUGGACCAGAUCACUGGAGAAGCUAUCCAGAAGGUUUCGAUCUACAAUAUCUCGUAUUGCUCGGCUGACGCGUCUCACGAUCACGUGUUCGCCUUUGCCGCCAUCACUCAAAGUCCGGAAGCCGAGGUCAAGGAGAUGUGCUUCCGUAAGGAGGUUCACGAGGUCGAUUUCGAAGGCCCCCUAGUGUGCUACGCCUUCCUCUGCCAAAAGCGAAAAAUGGCACAAACCGUAACAUUGACCGUGGCUCGGAGUUUCGAACGUGCAUAUCAGAUCUGGCAAAACAAACAGUUUCACGCGGAACGGAAAAGGAAGGAGCUGAACAAGCUCAACUCCAACAACCGAACUCAUCACAGUGGUAAUGUCGUCGACAGCUCUUCUGCAACCGGUACAACCUCUAGUAAUACACCGCAGCAUCACACAAGAGCUCCCAGUGAAUCCGACUGUCCAAGCUUGUUGAUCGACUUUAACUCCGACUUGACGGCAGAGAUCUGUGCCAAGGAUCAUCGCGGACUACUGCAGAAUACUUGGGUGUCAUUUGAAGAUGAUCAACAACCGCAAGAAUUCUUCGCAGUGCCAAACCUGAACGCAACCGGUCGAAGUGGACCCACUGGUAGCGGUUGGAGUAGGACGGCCAUUUGCUCAAACUAAACAAUGAGUGUUAAUUUCUUAACGAUAUCAUUAUGCUAAAGGAUAAUUUUAUUUUUGUUUAAAUAAAAAGAAACGGGCCCACACCUUCUAAUGGAUAAGGCUGCAUCGAAGUGGCGCUGACGAAGUGUACCUUUAUUAUUUUUCUCUCUCAUGAUAUUGUUAAGUGCUAGUUUUAAUUGUGAUAUUUUCUCGGUUUUAAAUAUAUUGAUUUGAAAAUGGUUAAA